AUGAUCCGGGGUUCGUUACUAUCGUGCUUACCGAAAGGUUUCUUCAAAUGGCCAUUAUCACAAGAUGAUUCAAUGGACGACAGUUCGUAUACAUCUGAGUUUGAACAGAAUGGUAGAAAACGCAGACGCAGAAGCAGCAACUCCCUCAGUGGAGGCAAUAGGACGCCCGCGCUGGUAACACCAACCACGCGUCGCUAUUCCUUUGAUGUGCCUUCCGAUGAGGAAUCUGCUUCUGGCGACAGGCCUUUGAAGAAAUUCAGAGGAAACAGCAAAAUAGUAUCUGUUCCCCGGAGCAUAUCCAAUUCCCUACAAACACAGCAACAGAAUUCUCCCUUUUUGAGCACUGUUCCGGAGGAUGCAAUUGUUCAUUGUCUUUCCUUCCUGGGAUCCGUUGAGGACCGAAGUUCACUGCAACUCACCUGCAAAAUCUUUAGAGACCUCUCCAAUGCGGAUACCAUGCUGGCUCAAGUCAGUGUGUCUGGUAAUGUGGAGACUGGAAAGUUGGGAAUCAUUCGAGAUACUGAUUCUCCUGCCACUGCUGCGGCAGCUUUGGCCCCGUUUGCUCGGGCUGGUAACCUAGAGGCCCUCUACAUGCUGGGGAUUGUAAAGUGCUAUUGCUAUCAAGAUUUGAGAAAUGGAAUUCUGAUGCUCAAAAUAGCAUCAUCGCAUGGGUUUGUAAGAUCGUCUUACACACUGGGAAUAAUACUGCGUGACGCUCUUCCAGAGCAGGCAACGCAAUUUAUGAAGUUGGCUGCAUCCACCGGCUAUCUUCCUGCCUUGCAGGAACUUUUGUCUGUUAGAGAAAUGAAGGAGCGAUUCGGGGAACCUAAUGCUGAUGCGCUACGCCGCCAUCUCGAUCCAGCAUGCCUUAACAGACUACUGCUUAGAGAUUAUGUGGACUCUGCAGAACUUCGGGGAUUCAAUACAAGCCAUUGUUGGAACCCAUUAUGCGGGAAAUGGGCAUACAAGGCUACGAAUCCAACCUCUGCGGUGCGAAUGAGAAGACCCACGAGGUUUGGACAACAAGACAUUCAGCAAAAUGUCAAUGACGAUGGGUUUGCCGCGUCGUUGAGUCGGCGACCCAAUAUUGCCCUGGGAGACGGCAAUGAACAAAACAAUAACAAUAAUGACGGGGCUGCUUCCGGUGGUGAUAUGAAUGCACCACCCGAUAACUCCAAGCCCUGUGUGACCAUAUCACCCAAAAAGAGCCCUCAGGCAUUGGCCUGGGAAGAGGCGGGUGUCAAAGUCGAUCGAGUCGCACGCAUGAAAAUGUGCAGCAGAUGUUGCCGAGCAAAAUACUGUAGCAAGCUUUGCCAAGUAUAUGACUGGAGAUCCAGUCAGCACAAGCAGGAGUGCCAGUUUUUGUAA